AUGUCCCCACAUUUGGACAAGUCCAUUAUCAGCAAAGAAUCCACCGGGAGGAACAUCAUGCAAGGGUGCUCCAACAAGGACCUUUGUCCCAUCUCCAGAAACGGCAACACUCCAUCCCAACCUAUCACCUCCACCAAUUCCAUCAAUAUCAAAACCUUGAGCCCUGCUGAUCUCUUGAAGGACCCAAUCAGUGCCAUCAAACUUGUAGAUGCGAGCAUAACCACGGCGACCACCGAAUGGGUCGAACCGGUCGAUUGCUCCAGCCACAAGGGUUUUGCCAUCAUCGGACAAAUCAAUGGACCACCCAAAUUCCGAAUCUUCUCUUUGUUCAUCUCCAAUGAGAUCACUAUUAUGUAUACAGGUAACACAAUUUGGUGGGGUCAGAAAUCAAUGAAAUCAUGGGGCAUAAAAAUUUCACAGUGCGCAAUUAUUACCUUCCCAAUUGCCUCCAUGUUUGUCCAAUUCUUUCAAAGACUUGUACCCUAG